CAACACCUUUAUAUACAUUUCUCUCUCUAUCUAUAUAUAUAUAAUUACUCUCUUUUUCUCUAAUUUCUUGCUUUUUGUUCCUCAUCGCAGCCUUUCUUUCCUUUUUCGGUGUUUUUAGAGAAACCCUAGGAAUCUGGAGCUGAAUGUCGUCGGUGUUGAGGUGGGUUGGUUUCUAGGGCUUCGAUCUGUUGAUUGUGGUGAGCUUUUUUUGUAUUUUGCUUGGAUUUGUGAGUCUGAGGUGAAGAAGAGUCAGAAAUGUCGUCGUUGAGCAGAGAAUUGGUUUUCCUCAUACUCCAGUUCCUCGAGGAGGAGAAAUUCAAGGAGUCUGUUCACAGGCUUGAGCAAGAGUCAGGGUUUUUCUUUAAUAUGAAAUACUUCGAGGACAAAGUGCAUUCUGGUGAAUGGGAGGAAGUUGAGAAGUACUUGUCAGGUUUUACUAAGGUUGAUGAUAACAGAUACUCCAUGAAAAUCUUUUUUGAGAUAAGGAAGCAGAAGUAUCUUGAAGCACUUGAUCGGCAAGACAAGGUGAAGGCAGUUGAGAUACUGGUAAAUGACUUGAAGGUGUUCUCAACAUUUAAUGAGGAUUUGUACAAAGAAAUUACUCAGCUAUUGACACUUGGCAAUUUCAGGUAG